AUGGCUAUUUUUAAAAUGCGUUCUAAUAGGAAGAAUCAAGAGAAAAAGAAGCAGUGGCUAUGGGCUGAAGAUACACAUCCUGAUAACAUCAACGAUAGUCAUAUUAGUAAAGCGUUUUUUUUAGAACUUCGCAAAUGUAAACCUUUAUCUAACCAUCGAGCUUGUAGCAGCAAUCCCUUUUGUUUAUCCACACUAGGUGAACAACAUUGGCUUCAAAAUAAAGUCUCUCUACUUGAAGAUCUAGAACUAAAAUAUAGAGAAACAAAAGCUUUCUGUGGUCUAAAAAAUUUAGGAGCAACCUGUUAUAUUAACAGUUUGCUUCAGUUAUGGUUCCACAAUAUUAACAUUAGAAAUGCCAUAUUAAAUUGGAAUCCUAUGGAAGAUGAGACUGAAAUACUACAUAACCCAACUCUUUCCAUUGAAAACGGAUAUGAGCCCGUAACUUGUGUUGGUCAAUUGCAAUUAAUAUUUGCAUUAAUGCAAUUUGGUAAACAAAAAACAAUAAAUCCAGAAGCGUUCAUCUUAUCUUUAAAAAUAGAUACAAGCAUAGAACAAGAUGCAGAAGAGUUUUCUAAUUUACUAUUAACAACACUGGAAAAAAAAUUUGAAAAACAAACAAACUCAUCUGUUAGAGAAAUGGUAAAAAAUAAUUUUCGAGGUGAAUAUCAAAGUGUAAUUACAUGCUUGACAUGUAAAACUGAAUCUAAAAGUUGUUCGACAUUUAGGGAUCUAAGCUUAAACAUUGAAGGUCAACAAACUUUAAACAACAGCUUGAAAGAUUAUUUAAAAGAAGAAGUUCUUGCUGGGGAUGAUCAAUACUAUUGCAAUAAGUGUAAAGGAAAACAAAAUGCUGUGCGUCAAAUGUGUUUGACUGCAUUACCUUCAGUAUUAAAUUUUCAACUAAUGCGGUUUGUCUAUGAUCGAGAAUCAAUGCAGAAAACAAAACUAAACACUAUGAUAAAAUUCCCACAAACAUUAGACAUGGCUCAAUAUUUAAACUUACCUAAAAAACAAAAUGCAACUUCAAGAAAAAAUUAUAAGUACAACUUAUAUGCGGUACUUAUCCAUAAAGGUUCCAGUGCUAAUUGUGGUCACUAUGUUGCCCAGAUCAAAGAAAACACUACACAACAAUGGUAUCAAUUCAAUGAUGAUCAAGUGGAUAAGCUCACAAUUAAAGGUUUAAAUUUAUGUACCAAUGAUGAAUUAAAAAAAUUUAAAUCAAUGAAAAAUAUCAAAAAUCCCAAUAAAGAAUUUCAAUCUACUGAUGCUUACAUGUUAGUUUACAUAAAAGAUUUACAGGCUAAAAAAACAAAAACUAAAUCGAUUGUCUGCAAGUUAUCACCAAGAUUAACUCAGUUGGUAAACACUUGUAAUCAUAAUUUUGAAAAUAAAAUAUUAGACUGCAAUCGAAGUAAAAUAUUUGUGGAACAAAUGUUGAAUUUAAUCAACGAAAUAAAAAAUGGCUAUAAAAAUGAAAAUUUUGAUAUUAUUUCUCUGGAGUGGUUGAAAUAUUUGUUGAAAGUGAACCCAAAUGAGAUUGUUAAGAAAAUAGACAACAACACAAUAUUGUGUAAACAUAACUUACUGGAUCCCGAUAAGGUACAUCAAGCCAAAUAUAUAGGAUCAGACUUGGCAGAUAAACUGUAUGAUAUGUUUCAAGGUGGUCCAAGAUUGAAGUUAAUGUCGUCAUUAUGUAAAGUGUGUGUUAGAAAUAAAUGUGCUUUAUUGUAUACAAAAACUUUAACUAUUAAACAAAAUGAAUCUAUUACUACAAUUUUACGAAAUUGGUCCCAAACUAACCAUACAAAUAGUGAAGAUAGUGAAACAAGUUACUGGGUAAGCAAUGAAACAAUUAAAUGCUGGCAGCGCAAAUAUUUUGAGUCAUUUCAAACAUUUCUCAAUACCAAUGACGUACUUCCAAAUACAACAUUGCCAAUUAAUUAUGAAACAUUAAGUGAACCAGGCAGCAGUUUAUGCAAAAAAAUAAUAGUUAAUGAAGAUAUAAAACAGAAAAAUGGUAAUAUGACCAUCAAUGCAGAAAAUAUUAUUAAACUUGAAUGCAAUAAUAAUACUUAUGGAGAGUCAAACACAGAAGUCGAGUCUAAAGACAAUGUAUUUCCAUAUGAGGAAAGUUUUAAUGAAAUAUAUAAUAACUAUUGCUACUGUUAUUUUCAAAACAUUGAACACAUGCAAUGGAAAUUUAAUAAUGACAUUAUGUGCAGACAUGGAAACAUGUCAAUUGGAGAACAUUCAAAGAUAUUGGUGCCAAAAAAAGUAAUAGAUUUAUUUCAAAUCUACUUUCCAAAAGCAUCAUUGUUUGAUAAAACUACUGUACCAUGUUACAUGUGUAGGAGUGUACAUAUUCGGCUUUUACUAUGCAAGUAUACGCAUUUAAGUCUGGCCAAGUUAGAAAAUUACUUUUUAAAUGAUUUACUGUGGAAUAAUAACAGAAAUGUUUUUUCAAAAGAACCUUCCCCAUAUGCAUGCAUUUCUGCUGAAUUUUUGGAAACUUUCCGAACCUUUGUCAGAUCUCCAUUAGAAGUACCAAUCCCUAAAUGUAUCAUGAAUGAAGUACUGCUUUGCAAUGAUCACAAAAAAUUGAUUUACCAUCCAACGAUGAGUUUGAUUCCAACACAAUAUGAAUAUAACAAAUUGGUGCUUAUAACAAAAAAAGAAUGGAAAUGGCUUAUACAUUGUUAUGCAGCUGAUUAUGGAAUAUUUGUAUACUUUGAUGCUCAACGCAAAUUUACAAUAUCAAAACCAGAAAUAUGUGAAACAUGUCGUCAGAAAAAACUCUUAGAAGAUAAAAUGAAUAAAUUAGAAUACAGUAAUAUAGAAAUAUUCAUUGAAGUGGACAAUAUUGACGAUCAGAAUGGAAACUGUUUGAAGAAAUUCAAACGAGACACUACUGUAUCUGCGAAUAGUGCUUAUGGUUCGAAUAUAGCUUCUACUUCAAUGAAUAAUAACAAUAAAAUAUCUCGGAAUGAAUUCAGAAGGAGUAAACGAAAACGAAAGCCCAAGGUUGAGUCAGUCAUGAUUUCUUUGAAUGAUACGGUGUUUGAUCUCAAAUUAAAGAUUAUGAAAGUAUUUAAUGUUCUUCCUAUAAAUCAAUGUUUAAAAACUAUAGAGGGAGUAGAGUUGCAGAACAAUAAAGCAACUAUGAGAGACUUUAAUAUCCUUCCUCAGUCAGUAAUACUAGCCCAAUUUAAUGAAGAAAAAAUACAUAAGUCAGAAGUUGCUACAGAACAAGAGACUGGUUUUAAAGGUACUGAGCUCAUGCAUUAA